CAAGAUUUAUACGUCAUCGCGAAAGACCUUUCUUCCUCGUGUCACAACAUGGUCGACUUUGAAAAGAUUCUAGUAGAAAUGACAGCUACCGAUUGAAAACCUUUCUCAAAUCUUCGCAUCCUGGCCCACUGCAACAAUGCCACGCUACGAACUGGCUCUUAUCCUGAAGGCGAUGACGCGCCCAGAGACAGCAGCGGCUCUCCGGCGGACAGUGGAGACUUUAAUGGAGCGGGGUGCUGUGGUGAGAGACAUGGAGAAUCUUGGAGAGAGACUCUUGCCUUAUGUGAUAACCAAACACAACCAGAGACACCGCCGAGGAUCAUAUUUUCUGAUUGACUUCUACGCGGCUCCCAGCAUCCUCACGGGCCUUACCAAUCACUUACACCGUGACGUGGACGUGGUGAGGCCCACGGUGUUGAAGAAGGACACGCAGAAAUCCAGUCAAACAUGCUGUGGCACCCAGCAGUGAUGGAACGUGUUUGCAGUUUUUAUCCAGAGGAUGUAAUGUAUGCUGAAUCUUUGACCUCUUCCAUGGCCAUUGGACUGAAUUUAUCUGAUUUGUGAUAAUGAUGAUAAUAAACAACGUUUUUUUUUUAUUUUGGUGGAAGUGUGUGAAGCUUUUACUAUCAGACAUUAAAAGAACAUUAAAAAAAAAAACACUUGUACUGUAGCUACAUGGGUAUGUAUUGAAAUCAUUCACUUUCAUUGAAGUUGUAUGUGAAUAUAGUCACAUUUAACAUGCAGUGCUAUUCUUGUGACUCCAUGUAUUAAAUGACUUUUGUUUUCUAUUCAGAAAUUAAUGUUAACAUAAAAGAGACAGGACAGUUUUGGUUAGUGUGGCUUGCAUGUGUGCCAGGUUCUGGAUUUGGGUUCUCCGCACAUUAGUGUGGUUUUUCUCCCGGUACACAGGCUACUUAAAUAUCAACACGUUAUGUUUGUUGUGCAUUUGAAAUCAAAUACAGCAAAGUUAGCAAGCCGCCUUGACAAACAUCACAAGGUCAAAGAGAAAAAGUCAAUAUGUUUUAAUUCUUAUUGUCUUCUAUACACAUGAGCUCAGCAGGUUAACUCUUGACAAACAAUUAUAUUUCCAUGAACUGUGAUAGUUCUCAUUUAUCUCAACUUUAUAAUUUAUUUAUAUUCAUCUUAUGAAAGACAAUAGCAUAUCUACUGUAUGCAAAUGCAUAUACUUCCUUGUUCUCUUCUGCUUUCAUGGCUUACUCUGGGAACUCCAGUUUUCUUCCGCAUGUUGCAAAAAUUGCAUGUUCAACGUAAACCAUCUAAAAUGUCGAUUAUCAUCGGUGUUUGUGGUAAUUUAUCUUCGUAUGCGUGCCUUGCAAUUGGCUGGCUACCAAUUCAGGGUUUGUCUCUUGUCUCUUGCUUUGUUGAGGUAGGCUCAAUGAGGAGCAACCGUAUUGAAAUAUGCACACAUGUUGAUAUAAAUGAGGCUAUUCAGUAGUCCUGUCUUUAUAAAGAAUCAAAAUAUUUGAAGCUAUCGCCAAGAUAUGUUUAAUGAACUUUUAAAAACAAACAACAGUGUUUGCCAACCACUUAUGUCACCCAACAGGUUGAGGAAUUAAAGGUGUUGGUCUGUAAUAUCUUAGUAAAUGCAAUCGUCUGCAGACAUCAUCUCACCAAAUUAAAUGUUGGCUCAUAAUAUUGCCACAGUCAAAAUUAGUUCUUAUCACAAUUGGAAUGCAUUACUGGAAUUUGUUAGCUAACUUCUAUAAAAAAUUUAAAAAAAAAGCUUAGCCUUUCCUUAGCCUUUCCAGGCAUUAGUCAUUACGUAAGCGAGUGACGGUGCACUGUUUAGCAUGUCCGCCUCACAGUUAGGAGGGUGCUGGUUUGGUUCCCACAAACAUCCCACAAACAUGCUUGGUAGGCCGAUUGAGCACUCCAAAUUGUCCCUAGGCGUGAGUGCGAGUGCGGAUGGUUGUUCAUCUCUGCGUGCCCUGCAAUUGGCUGGCAACCAGUUCAGGGUGCCCACCACCUACUGCCCGAUGACGGCUGGGGUAGGCUCCAGCACGCCUGUGACCCCCGUGAGGACAAAGCGGUACAGAAAAUGGAUGGAUGGAGUUUACAAUAUUAAUACAAUUGUUGAUUUCUGCUUAUACUCAAGAAGGUUUAAAAUACCUGUGCAGCUGCAAAAAAUUAUAUGAUGGUGACAGUUUGACCCAGAGUAUUUUUUUUAAAUGACCAGAAAAGUCCUUAAUUCAACCAAUCAGCUUUAUUUUUGUUGUAUUGUUACUUUAUGUAAAUUGCUUUGUUAAAUUGUUGUGAAAGCACUAUAUAAUUAAAGACGUAUUAUGCA